AUGUCUGAUCCUCGAACCAGGAAGGCGAGGCAUCUGCUCACUCCCGAGCUUUUGUCGACAGCGAUUCAACUAACAAAUGUGCCAGCUAGUUGGAACGAAAGUACGAUUUCGUCGGUGGUAGCGGGAUCAGGACCGAUUUUGAACGUUUCACGUAAGACAGACCCACGCAACGGUAAGCUGGUGGGUAUAUUAAUCGAAUACGCUACCAGUAAAGACAGCAAAAGGGCAUUGGAAGUGCUACGAAAGAUCAAAAAGUUCCCGUGCGAUAUGGAAAGGAUCAUAAUCAACACCACAAGUCAGAAUACACCGUUAGAGCUGGACCGCGAUACGUUUCCGUGGGACUUCGGGCUGGAACUACCUUUCGAGAUGGUUUCAGAGGUGCCCUUGCCCAGAAGACCAACGAACCCGGCCCCGGCUCCAUCCAAUGGCUCGUCCACCGAAAAUGCUAGCGUGGCUGCAUUUCCAGAUAUAUUGAGCAAGGCGUCCAAGCACUUGCCCGGGUUCGUGCCAAAUUCGAUGACAGCUCCGGAUGCCAUCUCGACAAAUCUGAGCAAAAUCGCCCCACUGCAAUUACUAGAGAUGAUCUCCAACUUAAAAAUACUAGCGAAUCAGGAUGCCAACCGAGACCAGCUGUGCAACUUCUUGGCGACAAAUCCAGACAUCAACAUCUGCGUGACACAGGCUAUGCUUGAAAUGGGGUUUAUCAAUUACAGUGUUAUUACCAAGACCAUGGCCGAACAGGCGGCCCCUAGUGCCCAGUCGCCUGCCAACAUACAAAAUAAAACUCCACAGGGGUUCAGCAACGGCAAUACACCAAGCAGCACUCCAAUGAGUAAUAAUGCUCCUUUGAACACCUACUCCGCAUCGCUCCGGCAACCACAACCGCAGCCUGCCGCACUGCCAACAACGGCUGCCCCGAUGACCUUUAAUCCUACGCCGGCAACCUUUCAGCAAGUACAGCCGGCGCCACCAGUAUCCCAGCCCCAACAGCCAAGCUUUGGAUACAAUGCUGUGGCCAAUGGCUCGCAAUUUACCAACAACGCCGCCCCCACUAAAAUAGAUUCCAACCGCAUCAACAUGAUAAAGCUCGCAGCACUACCGCAGCAACAGCAAGAUAUGAUCAAACAAGUGCUACUGCUGACUCCCGACCAAAUACGACUGCUUCCACCCGAUCAAGUUCUCAUGGUUGAGAAUUUCAAAAGGGAGUACUUAAUGUAA